CUUUUCUGUCUGUUGAAACAAAGAGGAUACAACUUUCUCCACCAGGAGAGAAACAGGCAUUUCGUGGUAGAAACCAUUACUCCACUAAUUCCCAACAAGAUUCAAUGCCUCAGCUAGAAUUUCCUGCUCUUCACAUAAUUGAAAUCGCUUCUCCAGUUUCAUUAUGUCCAUUGACCAUCAGAAGGUGCUACAUGUUACAGUCCUGGCAGCAAUCGCCGCGUUUCUCGUAUGUCCUGAAUCACCUGAAGAGAUUUUGCUAGUAUCGAUGGGAUAUUUGAUUCCGAAGUACAUUUCGAAAUUAUCAAAGUACGGUGACCUCCCGGCAGCUUUACAUGGUCUGGCUGUAGUCGUUGCUUGCCUGGACGUUCGAGAGACCAAACUAGUAUGGAUAGGAAUUAUCUUUGCAAUGUCCAUUUCGAAAAUAGCGAAGGUUGGUCACCAUCCAGUAGCUUUUCUUAGCCUCGCUGCGGCCAGCUAUUUCCUGUUUUGCCUCCAGCCUUUGUACGAUGGAGAGGGCUUGGUUGUAUUGCUGGGAAUUAUCAUUGCGAUUUACAUUCAACGCCCAGAGGCUUCCAGGGAAAGAAAAGGUGAUAUCGAAGGUGACGAUGAGUGCAUUGUCCGGAGCAUCGAGGAGCUCAGACAAAUAAUGCCGGCAGGACUGGGUGGAAACUGCUUAGAGGAUGCCAAGAAAGUUAUUGGGUAUCUGGACGACCAAAUGAUCAACUUUAUUCACCACUCUCCCCUCAUCUACCUGGCCACCGUUGACAACACUACAAAAUAUCCCUUUAUUUCCCCCAAGGGUGACAAGCCAGGAUUCGUCACAGUUCGUCAAAAUCAUGAAACCAAAAAACACACACUAAUUAUACCCGAUCGCCCCGGUAACCGCCUCCUCUUUGGCCUUCAAAAUAUUUUAGGCCAGAGAGAAAGUGGAACCGAUCAUGAAACUGCGAAAGUAUCUAUCUUGUUCGAAGUACCUGGAACAGGAUCGACCCUCCGGUGUGGGGGUUCUGCGUGGCUCUCGACUGACCCAGCUCUGAUCAGGAAGCAUGUGGCUAGGGGCUGUCCCCCAAAAGUUGUCAUCCUUGUUGAUGUUGACCAUGCAUUUUUCCACUGCUCCAAAGCAUAUAUGAGAUCCAAGGUUUGGGAUCCAAAAUCAUGGCCAUCCAAGCCCCUUAAUGUCACUUUUGGUAGGUACUUUGCUAAGAAGGGAAGUUUGUUGGCUAGUAAAAUUGAUUCUGAUGUUGACAAGCACUACCAACAGAUCCAAAAGGCUAUCGAUGGGGAGGCGUGUGAAGAAGAAAAGUAAUGAGACGAAUCAGUGGGGUUUUCGUUUUAUCAGACACAAAAAGUUUUUCAGGCUCAAAAUUUCAUGUUCCAUCUUCGAAACUGUGUGACUAGCUGGGUAUUCGCAUAUAGCCUGGGCAACUCGACGAAUCGACACUUUUUGUUAGUCAUUGUAUCUAUUUUCAGCGAACGCCGAGUUGUCGAUUCCAUCUGGUAAAUCUAAGAAAAUAUAGCGGAAAGACUAGU